CGGGGAGCCGCGAGGGACUGAUCUCUCCCGGAACAAAGUUGCAGGGCCGGGGGCCGAGGGCACACGAGCAAGUGACGCGGCGGCGGGAGCGGGAGGCGGUUCCGACCUGCGGGAUCCACGGCUCCGGGGCUGGUCUAGCCCUGCCUGAGAAGCGAGCCCCCUUCUCGGGGUAGCGGGCUGACCAAGCAGCGCCCCACCCUCGCUCUCCAACAAAGGGGCCGGCGGCUGCGGGGGAGGACCGGGAGGAGGAGCCGGAGCCCGAGCCCCGGGCUGCUUUCGCGCACAAAGUUGUGGAGUCGCCCUUCCCCGGAGGAGAGGCGUGGGCUGCGCAGGGCGCGGGAUUUCUCCCGCCCAGGGCAGAGGAGGAGCCGCGGGCUACUUUGGCCGACCGGGCGACCUCGGCGAGUGGCGCCCCUUUUCUUUUGGGUCAUGCCUGCAGACGGAAAACUCCAGAGCGCGCCUGCCUCUGCCUAGCGUUUGGACUGUUUUGUUUUUGGCGGAACUACCCGGCAGGAAGAUUGCACAAGUCAGGGGGCGUUUCCAAUUGGGUGUCAAGUUUUUUUUUCUCCCCCUCUUUCGGAUCUUGUCUGGCUUUCCACGUUUCAUUUAAAAAAGAAAAAGAAAAAGAAAAACUAAAAUCCUCGCAUCGCCCAACGCAGGCUCCCGCACACCGGGCUUCCUGCGACCCGAACACACCCAGAGGAGCCCUUGGGCCUCUGGGGCUUGGCGAGCAGGUAUUCAUGCCAAGCUGGACCACUAUUCGGAGUUGACAGUCUGCAGAAGAUUUGGGAAAGCCUUUGGAUUACAUUGAAACUCAGCCAAGAUGGCCAAGUAUGGGGACCUUGAAGCCAGGCCUGAUGAUGGGCAGAAUGAAUUCAGUGAUAUCAUUAAGUCCAGAUCCGAUGAACACAAUGACGUUCAGAAGAAAACCUUUACCAAAUGGAUAAAUGCUCGAUUUUCAAAGAGCGGGAAACCACCUAUUAAUGAUAUGUUCUCAGACCUCAAAGAUGGGAGAAAGCUCUUGGAUCUUCUAGAAGGCCUCACAGGGACAUCACUGCCAAAGGAGCGUGGUUCCACAAGGGUGCAUGCCUUAAAUAAUGUCAACCGGGUGUUGCAGGUUUUACAUCAGAACAACGUGGAAUUGGUGAAUAUCGGGGGGACUGAUAUCGUGGAUGGAAAUCACAAGCUGACGUUGGGGUUGCUAUGGAGCAUCAUUCUGCACUGGCAGGUGAAAGAUGUCAUGAAAGAUGUCAUGUCAGACCUGCAGCAGACCAACAGUGAGAAGAUCCUGCUGAGCUGGGUGCGACAGACCACCCGGCCCUACAGCCAAGUCAACGUCCUCAACUUCACCACCAGCUGGACCGACGGGCUCGCCUUCAACGCUGUGCUCCACCGGCACAAACCCGAUCUCUUCAGCUGGGACAGAGUGGUCAAAAUGUCCCCAAUUGAGAGACUCGAACAUGCUUUUAGCAAGGCCCACACGUACCUGGGAAUUGAGAAGCUGUUAGACCCUGAAGAUGUUGCCGUGCAGCUCCCUGACAAGAAAUCCAUAAUUAUGUAUUUAACGUCUCUGUUUGAGGUGCUUCCUCAGCAAGUCACGAUAGAUGCCAUCCGGGAGGUGGAGACGCUCCCGCGGAAGUACAAGAAAGAGUGUGACGAGGAGGACAUUAAUACGCAGAGCGCAGCGCUGGCUGAGGAAGGCCAGAAUCCCCGAGCUGAGACCCCCAGCACUGUCACUGAGGUGGACAUGGAUUUGGACAGCUACCAGCUAGCUCUAGAGGAAGUGCUGACUUGGCUGCUGUCUGCGGAGGACACGUUCCAGGAGCAAGAUGACAUUUCUGAUGAUGUCGAAGAAGUCAAAGAGCAGUUUGCUACCCAUGAAACUUUUAUGAUGGAGCUGACAGCACACCAGAGCAGUGUGGGCAGUGUCCUGCAGGCUGGCAACCAACUGAUGACCCAAGGGACUUUGUCGGACGAGGAGGAGUUUGAGAUCCAGGAACAGAUGACCUUGCUGAACGCGAGAUGGGAGGCCCUCCGGGUGGAGAGCAUGGAGAGGCAGUCGCGGCUGCACGAUGUGCUGAUGGGACUGCAGAAGAAGCAGCUGCAACAGCUCUCGGGCUGGCUAACCCUCACGGAAGAACGCAUUCAGAAGAUGGAAAGCAUCCCAUUGGGUGAUGACCUGCCGUCCCUGCAAAAGCUGCUUGAAGAACAUAAAAGUUUGCAAAAUGACCUUGAGGCUGAACAGGUGAAGGUCAAUUCCUUAACCCACAUGGUGGUAAUUGUUGAUGAGAACAGUGGAGAGAGCGCCACAGCUGUCCUGGAAGAUCAGUUACAGAAACUGGGUGAGCGCUGGACUGCGGUAUGCCGGUGGACGGAAGAACGUUGGAACAGGUUGCAGGAAAUCAGUAUUCUGUGGCAGGAAUUACUGGAGGAACAGUGUUUGUUGGAAGCUUGGCUCAUCGAAAAAGAAGAGGCUUUGAAUAAAGUCCAGACCGGCAACUUCAAAGACCAAAGGGAACUGAGUGUCAGUGUCAGGCGUCUGGCUAUUUUGAAGGAAGACAUGGAAAUGAAGAGGCAAACACUGGACCAACUGAGUGAGAUUGGCCAGGAUGUGGGCCAAUUACUCAAUAAUCCCAAGGCAUCUAAGAAGAUGAACGGGGACUCCGAGGAACUAACGCAGAGAUGGGAUUCUUUGGUUCAGAGACUAGAAGACUCUUCAAACCAGGUGACUCAGGCUGUUGCAAAGCUUGGCAUGUCCCAGAUUUCUCAGAAGGAUCUUUUGGAGACUGUUCACGUCAGAGAACAAGGCACAACCAAAAAGUCUAAACAGGAGCUCCCCCCUCCUCCCCCGCCAAAGAAGAGGCAGAUCCAUGUGAACGUGGAGGCCAAGAAAAAGUUUGAUGCCGUAAGUGCCGAGCUGCUGAACUGGAUUUCGAAAUCCAAGAGUGCCGUUCAGAACACAGAGGUGAAAGAGUAUAAGAAGUUGCAGGAGACUUUGGGAAUGAAGAAGAAAUUGAAGGGAUUAGAAAAAGAACAGACAGAAAGAACCCCCCGACUUGACGAGCUGAAGCAAACUGGACAAACCCUUCUGGAUCAGAUGGGAAAAGAGGGCCUUUCAACUGAGGAAAUAAACGAUGUUCUGGAGAGGGUUUCAUCAGAGUGGAAGGUGCUAUCUCAGCAGCUGGAAGAUCUGGGAAGGAAGAUCCAGCUCCAGGACGAUAUAAAUGCUUAUUUUAAGCAGCUUGAUGCCCUCGAAAAGACCAUCAAGGCAAAGGAAGAGUGGCUGAGGGACACACCCUUUUCUGCAUCACCCCAGCAGCCCUUGCCAAGCUUAAAGGAUUCCUGUCAGAGGGAACUGACAGAUCUCCUUGGCCUUCACCCCAGAAUUGAGACACUGCGUGCAAGCUGUUCAGCCCUGAAGUCUCAGCCCUCUGUCCCAGGUUUUGUCCAGCAGGGUUUUAAUGACCUUCAAAGUUACUACCAGGCCGUGCAGAAGGCUUUAGAGGAAUGUCAGCAGCAACUGGAGAACGAACUGAAGAGCCAACCUGGACCUGUGUACUUGGACACAUUGAACACACUGAAAGAGAUGCUAAGUGAGUCAGAAAGAAAAGCUCAGACAUCUCUGGACUCCCUUAAUGAUCUCACAACGGUGGAGCAGGCCCUGCAAGAGAAAAAGGCCCUUGAUGAAGUUCUUGAGAAUCACAAACUUACACUGCAUAAACUUUCAGAAGAAACAAAGAUUUUGGAGAAAAAUGUGCUUCCUGAUGUGGGAAAAAAGUUUAAACAAAAAUUUGAUGAUGUCCAGGGGAGAUGGAGUAAAGUAAAGGCCAAGGUUACCAGAGAUUUACAUUUGCUUGAGGAAAUCAUCCCCAGACUCAGAGACUUUGAGGCUGACUCAGAGGUCAUUGAGAAGUGGACGGGUGAUGUGAAAGAGUUCCUAAGGAAAGAGCAGGCUGCCCAAGGAGACGCGGCUGGUCUACAGCAGCAGCUUGACCAAUGUGCUACAUUUGCAAAUGAAAUAGAAACAAUCGAAUCAUCUCUCAAAAACAUGAGAGAAGUGGAGACUGAUCUUCAAAGCUGUCCAGUCACCGGAGUGAAGACUUGGAUCCAUGGACGAGUAGGGGACUACCAAGCUCAGCUGGAGAAAUUCAGCAAAGAGAUUGCUAUUCAAAAAAGUAAGUUGUCUGAUAGUCAGGAAAAAGCCACGAACUUGAAAAAGGACUUGGCCGAGAUGCAGGAGUGGAUGGCUCAGGCUGAGGAGGAGUACCUGGAGAGGGACUUUGAGUACAAAUCCCCGGAAGAACUGGAGAGCGCUGUGGAGGAAAUGAAGAGGGCGAAAGAGGACGUGCUGCAGAAGGAGGUGAGGGUGAAGAUUCUGAAGGACAGCAUCCAGCUGCUGGCCACCAAGGUGCCCUCUGGUGGCCAGGAGUUGACAUCGGAGUUCAAUAUGGUGCUGGAGAGCUACCAACUUCUCUGUAACAGAAUCCGUGGAAAGUGCCACACACUAGAGGAGGUCUGGUCUUGUUGGGUGGAGCUGCUUCACUAUUUGGAUCUGGAAACCACUUGGUUGAACACUUUGGAGGAACGUGUGAGGAGCACAGAGGCCCUGCCCGAGAGGAUAGAUACUGUUCAUGAAGCUCUGGAGUCUCUGGAAUCUGUUUUGCGUCACCCAGCGGAUAAUCGCACCCAGAUCCGGGAACUUGGGCAGACUCUGAUUGACGGUGGGAUACUGGAUGAUAUCAUCAGCGAGAAGCUGGAGGCUUUUAACAGUCGAUAUGAAGAUUUGAGUCGCUCGGCGGAGAGCAAACAGAUUUCUUUGGAGAAACAGCUCCAGGUCCUCCGUGAGACCGACCACAUGCUUCAGGUGCUGAAGGAGAGCCUGGGGGAGCUGGACAAACAGCUCACCACAUACCUGACCGACAGGAUCGAUGCCUUCCAACUGCCACAGGAAGCUCAGAAGAUCCAAGCAGAGAUCUCAGCCCAUGAACUCACGCUGGAGGAGCUGAGAAGGAAUCUCCGCUCCCAGCCCUCGACCUCCCCUGAGGGCAGGACCACUAGAGGAGGAAGUCAGGUGGACCUGCUGCAGAGGAAGCUUCGAGAGGUGUCCACAAAAUUCCAGCUCUUCCAGAAGCCAGCGAAUUUCGAGCAGCGGAUGCUUGACUGCAAGCGUGUGCUGGACGGAGUGAAAGCUGAGCUUCACGUCCUGGACGUGAAGGAUGUGGACCCUGAUAUCAUCCAGACCCACCUGGACAAGUGCAUGAAACUAUAUAAAACAUUGAGUGAGGUCAAGCUUGAAGUUGAGACGGUCAUCAAAACAGGGAGGCACAUUGUCCAGAAGCAGCAGACAGACAACCCAAAAAGCAUGGAUGAGCAGCUAACUUUCCUGAAGGUUCUCUACAAUGACCUGGGCGCACAGGUAACAGAAGGGAAGCAGGACCUGGAAAGAGCCUCUCAGCUGUCCCGGAAGAUGAGGAAGGAGGCCGACACUCUCUCUGAAUGGCUUUCCGCCACGGAGGCAGAACUGGUGCAGAAGUCCACAUCGGAAGGUGUGAUUGGUGACCUGGACACAGAAAUCUCCUGGGCGAAAAAUAUUCUGAAGGAUCUGGAAAAGAGAAAAGUUGACUUAAACAGCAUUACUGAGAGUAGCGCUGCCCUCCAGCAGUUGGUCUCGGGCAGUGAGUCCGUCCUGGAAGAGAAUCUCUGUGUGCUUAAUGCUGGGUGGAGUCGAGUGCGAACCUGGACCGAGGACUGGUGCAACACCUUGCUGAACCAUCAGAAUCAGCUGGAGAUGUUUGAUGGACAUGUCGCUCAUAUCAGUACCUGGCUGUAUCAAGCUGAAGCUCUACUGGAUGAGAUCGAAAAAAAACCAGCAAGUAAACAGGAGGAAAUCGUGAAGCGUUUGUUGUCUGAGCUGGAUGACGUCAACCUCCAGGUGGAGAAUGUUCGUGAACAAGCCAUCAUCUUGAUGAACGCCCGUGGAAGUGCCAGCAGGGAACUCGUAGAACCCAAAUUAGCUGAGCUGAACAGAAACUUUGAGAAGGUGUCCCAGCACAUCAAAAGUGCCCAAAUGCUGAUUGACCAGGACCCUACAUCCUAUCAAUGCUUUGGUCCUGCUGGAACUGUUGAAGCUGCUGGGUCUUUCUCUGACUUGGAAAAAUUAGAAAAUGACGUAGAAAACAUGCUGAAAGUUGUGGAAAAACACUUGGACUCCAAGAACGAUGAGGAAAAGAUGGAUGAGGAGAGAGCCCAGAUUGAGGAAGUUCUGCGAAGAGGGGACCAUUUGUUACAUGAACCCAUGGAGGACAGUAAAAAGGAAAAGAUCCGUUUGCAGUUGUUACUUUUGCAUACACGUUACAACAAGAUUAAGACAAUCUCUAUCCAGCAGAGGAAAACGAUUCCACUUUCUUCUGAAAUUGCGUCAUCGGCCCUCCCUGCGGAUUAUCUGGUUGAAAUUAAUAAAAUUUUACUCACUAUGGAUGACAUUGAAUUAUCGCUUAAUAUUCCUGAGCUGAACACCACUGUCUACGAGGACUUCUCUUUCCAAGAAGACUCUCUGAAGGAUAUCAAAGAUCAGCUGGACAAACUGGGAGAGCAGAUUGCAGUUGUUCACGAGAAGCAGCCGGAUGUCAUCCUCGAAGCGUCUGGUCCUGAAGCCAUUCAGAUCAGGGACAUGCUCAGUCAGCUGAAUGCGAAAUGGGGCAGGGUGAACAGAAUGUACAGUGACCGGAAAGGGUCUUUAGCCAGUGUGGAGGAAUGGAGGCAGUUCCACCAUGACCUGGAGGACCUCACACAGUGGAUAUCUGAAGCUGAAGACCUCCUGGUAGAUACCUGUGCUCCAGAUGGUAGCCUGGACCUGGAGAAAGCCAGGGCACACCAGCUGGAACUGGAAGAGGGCAUCAGCAGCCACCAGCCCAGCGUGGUGGAUGUAAACCAGACUGGGGAGGCCCUUGUGCACAGACUCCGCCCCUCGGAUGCGAGUUUCCUGAAGGAUAAACUGGCCGUUUUGAACCAGCGCUGGAGCAGCCUCGUAGCUGAGGUGAAGGAUCGGCAGUCCAGGCUAAAAGGAGAAAGUAAGCAAGUGGCUGGAUACAGGAGAAGACUGGAUGAAUUUAUCUGCUGGCUGACAAGGGUAGAGAACUCUUUGCAGAAGAGCUCCUCCAUGGACCCAGAGGAAAAUCCACAGGAAUUAACAGACUUGGCCCGAGAGAUGGACGUUCAAGCUGAAAACCUCAACUGGCUGAACAGAACAGAACUGGAAGUGCUCUCAGAUAAAAAUCUGAGUUUGCACGAAAGAGACGAGCUUUCAGAAGGUUUGAGAAACGUGAACAUGACGUGGAACAAGAUAUGCAGAGAAGUGCCUAGCAUACUGAAGACACGCACCCAGGAUCCCUGCUCUGCCUCACAGACAAAGAUUACUGCUCACCCCAAUGUCCAAAAGGUGGUGCUAGUAUCAUCUGCUUCGGAUAUGCCUCUGCGAGCCCCAGAGAUCUCAGUUCCCGCUGAUCUGGAUAAAACCAUCACAGAGCUGGCUGACUGGCUGGUAUUGAUCGACCAAAUGCUGAAGUCCAACAUUGUCACUGUGGGAGACGUGGCAGAGAUCAAUAAGACAGUUUCCCGGAUGAAAAUCACAAAGGCUGAUUUAGAACAGCGCCAUCCUCAGCUUGAUUUUGUAUUUACAUUGGCACAAAACUUGAAAAACAAAGCUUCCAGUUCAGAUGUGAGAACAGCAAUCACAGAAAAACUGGAAAAGGUGAAGACCCAGUGGGAGAGCACACAGCAUGGGGUGGAGCUGAGGAGGCAGCAGCUGGAGGACAUGGUGGUGGACAGUCUGCAGUGGGAUGACCACAGGGAAGAGACCGAAGAGCUCAUGAGAAAAUAUGAGGCUCGCUUCUACAUGCUUCAGCAGGCCCGGCGCGAUCCACUGAGCAAACAAGUUUCCGAUAAUCAACUGUUGCUUCAAGAACUGGGUUCCGGUGAUGGUGUCAUCAUGGCAUUUGAUAACGUCCUGCAGAAACUUCUGGAAGAAUACAGUAGCGAUGACACAAGGAAUGUGAAAGAAACCACUGAGUACUUGAAAACAUCAUGGAUCAAUCUCAAACAAAGCAUCACUGACAGACAGAGUGCCUUGGAGACCGAACUGCGGACAGUGCAGACUUCUCGUAGAGACUUGGAGAACUUGAUUAAGUGGCUUCAGGAAGCAGAAACCACAGUGAAUGUGUUGGCAGAUGCCUCUCAGCGGGAGAAUGCUCUUCAGGACAGCAUCCUGGCCAGGCAGCUCAGACAGCAGAUGCUGGACAUCCAGGCCGAAAUUGAUGCCCAUAAUGACAUAUUUAAAAGCAUCGAUGGAAACAGGCAGAAGAUGGUGAAAGCGCUGGGGAAUUCUGAGGAGGCGACAAUGCUUCAGCACCGACUGGAUGACAUGAACCAGAGAUGGAAUGAUUUGAAAGCAAAAUCUGCUAGCAUCAGGGCCCAUUUGGAGGCCAGUGCCGAGAAGUGGAACAGGUUGCUGGCAUCUCUUGAGGAACUGAUCAAAUGGCUAAAUAUGAAAGAUGAAGAGCUGAAGAAACAGAUGCCCAUUGGAGGGGACGUUCCCGCCUUACAGCUCCAGUAUGACCACUGCAAGGUGCUGAGACGUGAGCUGAAGGAGAAAGAACAUUCUGUGCUGAACGCUGUAGACCAAGCUCGAGUUUUUCUGGCUGAUCAGCCCAUAGAGGCCCCCGAAGAACCCAGAAAAAACCUGCAAUCAAAAACAGAGUUGACUCCUGAAGAGAGAGCCCAAAAGAUCGCCAAGGCUAUGCGCAAGCAGUCUUCUGAAGUCAAAGAGAAGUGGGAGAGCCUGAACGCUGUGACAAGCAACUGGCAGAAGCAAGUGGGAAAGGCGUUAGAGAAACUCCGAGACCUGCAGGGAGCCAUGGAUGACCUGGAUGCAGACAUGAAGGAGGCUGAGGCUGUGCGGAAUGGCUGGAAGCCCGUGGGAGACCUGCUCAUAGACUCCCUGCAGGAUCACAUCGAUAAAACCAUGGCGUUUAGAGAAGAAAUUGCACCAAUCAACCUAAAAGUUAAAACAAUGAAUGAUCUGUCCAGUCAGCUGUCUCCACUUGACCUGCAUCCAUCUCUAAAGAUGUCUCGCCAGCUGGAUGACCUUAAUAUGCGAUGGAAACUUCUCCAGGUUUCCGUGGAUGAUCGCCUUAAACAGCUCCAGGAAGCCCACAGAGAUUUUGGGCCAUCUUCCCAACACUUUCUGUCUACUUCUGUCCAGCUGCCCUGGCAACGAUCCAUUUCGCAUAAUAAAGUGCCCUACUACAUCAACCAUCAAACACAGACCACCUGUUGGGAUCAUCCUAAAAUGACGGAACUCUUUCAGUCCCUCGCUGAUCUGAAUAACGUCCGUUUCUCUGCCUACCGCACAGCAAUCAAAAUUCGAAGGCUGCAAAAAGCGCUGUGUUUGGAUCUGUUAGAGCUGAACACAACGAAUGAAGUUUUCAAGCAGCACAAACUGAACCAAAACGAUCAGCUCCUGAGUGUCCCAGAUGUCAUCAACUGUCUGACCACAACGUAUGACGGGCUUGAACAAUUGCAUAAGGACCUGGUCAAUGUUCCGCUCUGCGUCGAUAUGUGUCUCAACUGGUUGCUCAAUGUAUAUGACACGGGUCGGACUGGAAAAAUUAGAGUGCAGAGCCUGAAGAUUGGACUGAUGUCUCUCUCCAAAGGCCUCCUAGAAGAAAAGUACAGAUGUCUCUUUAAGGAGGUGGCAGGGCCAACAGAGAUGUGUGACCAGCGGCAGCUUGGCUUGCUUCUUCAUGAUGCCAUCCAGAUCCCUCGGCAGCUGGGGGAAGUAGCAGCCUUUGGGGGCAGUAACAUUGAGCCCAGUGUUCGAAGCUGCUUCCAGCAGAAUAACAACAAGCCAGAGAUCAGUGUGAAGGAGUUUAUAGACUGGAUGCAUUUAGAACCUCAGUCCAUGGUAUGGUUGCCGGUUCUGCAUCGUGUGGCAGCUGCAGAGACUGCAAAGCAUCAGGCCAAGUGCAACAUCUGCAAAGAGUGUCCAAUUGUUGGGUUCAGGUAUAGAAGCCUGAAGCAUUUUAAUUAUGACGUCUGCCAGAGUUGCUUUUUCUCGGGAAGAACAGCAAAGGGCCACAAAUUACAUUAUCCAAUGGUGGAAUACUGUAUACCGACAACAUCUGGGGAAGAUGUGCGCGACUUCACAAAGGUGCUGAAGAACAAGUUCAGGUCCAAGAAGUACUUUGCCAAACACCCGCGGCUUGGCUACCUGCCUGUGCAGACCGUGCUGGAAGGGGACAACUUAGAGACUCCUAUCACGCUCAUCAGUAUGUGGCCAGAGCACUAUGACCCUUCACACUCGCCUCAGCUCUUUCACGAUGACACCCACUCCCGGAUAGAGCAGUACGCCACACGGCUGGCCCAGAUGGAAAGGACAAAUGGAUCGUUCCUGACAGACAGCAGCUCUACCACAGGAAGUGUGGAGGAUGAGCAUGCCCUCAUCCAGCAGUACUGCCAGACACUGGGCGGGGAGUCUCCCAUGAGCCAGCCACAGAGUCCAGCUCAGAUCUUGAAGUCCGUGGAGAGGGAAGAGCGUGGGGAAUUGGAGCGGAUCAUUGCUGACUUGGAGGAAGAGCAAAGGAAUCUGCAGGUGGAGUAUGAGCAGCUGAAGGAGCAGCACCUAAGAAGGGGACUCCCCGUGGGCUCGCCUCCAGAAUCCAUUGUGUCGCCUCAUCCUACAUCCGAGGACUCAGAACUCAUAGCGGAAGCUAAGCUCCUUCGGCAGCACAAAGGGCGGCUGGAGGCGAGGAUGCAGAUUUUGGAAGAUCACAAUAAACAGCUGGAGUCACAGCUGCACCGCCUCAGACAGCUGCUGGAGCAGCCUGAAUCCGAUUCCCGAAUCAACGGUGUCUCCCCGUGGGCUUCGCCACAGCAUUCUGCACUGAGCUACUCCCUUGACCCUGACCCAGGCCCACAGUUCCACCAGGCAGCAUCUGAGGACCUGCUGGCCCCGCCUCACGACACCAGCACGGACCUUACAGAGGUGAUGGAGCAGAUCGACAGCACAUUCCCCUCUUGCAGCGCCAAUGUCCCCAGCAGGCCUCAGGCAAUGUGAAGCAUUCAUCUAGCCAACCAACAUUUCCUGACCUUCAGUAUUGCCCUCUUCCACAAAUGCCAAUUCCAAGUCCCAUUCGACCUGAAGCUCCGUGGCUCUGCGACACGUGCUGUUGGCGUUGACUGUGUGUUCUACUGAGGGAAUAAAACACUGACUAUCCAAAGAGAAAAGGGUGUUUUGAUUCUGUAAUAACAUAUAUUAUUGUUUUCUUCUCCCCUUUCUAUGCAACUGUAAAUUAAUGAACACGGAAGUUAUUUGGAGGUGGUAAUGCAUUUGUCACUGAUUUGUAUAAUAUAUAUAGCCAUGGGAAAGUGGGUGGGGGCUUUCUAAUAUGAAACUGCCUUUUUAAUAAGAGAAAAAUGCAUAAGAAUUAGACCACUCUACAUUAUUACAUUCCUUCUGCUGUUCAUGUUAAUUAAACUUGUACAAUAACUUCAUUUAUUAUAUGACUAUUUUCCCAUUAUAUUUUGGUUAUUCAUCAGCCAUGACCAAAUAGAUUUUGUGUAUUUGUUUCUAGGAUUUGGCCAAAUUCUUAAGUUCAUAUAUUUGAAUCAAAUAUGUGAAGUAAGUAGCAAUUCU